AUGAGCUGUCGAGGUGGUCUGAGAACAAAAGUCUGCUUUAAAAAUGUUUGUGACAUAUUCAUGGUAACAGUAGACGUUCGAGACGGUUUUUGUGGUACUUGUAUUAAUAACUAAAAUAACGUUGAUUAUUGAUUUACCGUAGUUGUCGUGUUUGAUUUACCAAAUCAUUGAAUAUUCUCUGCACAGACUGCAGUUGUAGUAUACUUAUUACUGUUGCCGGUUGACCUGUUACCGUGAAUGCAGAUUUGUCGUGCUCUCGUACGGUGUGGGACAGGUGCCAAAAUCUCAGACCUGCUUUGAUUUCGUGAGCUGAAAAUAUUGUAAUCCACCAUGGACUUUCUGAAAUCGGUCACACAUCCUGAUGAAAUUGUUGCCUUGGUUCGCUUCAAGCUUGGUGCUUGUGAAUCGGUUGUGGCGAAAUGUAAUUUUAAGGCGAUGUCUCCGACACUGGGAACAUGCUACGCCUAUUUAAAAAAGACAAGCAGGAGUUUCGCUGCCGUUAUACAAGCAUUGGAUGGAGAUAUCCGGAAUGCUGUCUGUAUUUUCUACCUGGUGUUGCGGGCUCUAGACACGGUCGAGGACGACAUGACGAUUCCAAAUGACGUCAAGAUUCCCAUGCUAGAGUCGUUCCACAAGAACUUGAAGGACCCCAACUGGCGCUUCCUCGACAGCAAGGAAAAAGACAAAAUAGUUCUGGAAGACUUUCCUACUAUCUCAUACGAGUUCCGCCAGCUUGACGAGUGUUAUCAAACGGUGAUUUCCGACAUCUGUAUGAAGAUGGGCAAAGGCAUGACAGUUUUUCUCGAUCGAGAUAUUGAGACUGUGGAGGAGUGGAAUCAGUACUGCCACUAUGUUGCCGGUCUGGUAGGGAUUGGUCUGUCCCAACUGUUCGCGGCGUCGGAACUCGAGGAUGAGGUUGUCGGAAAGGAUACCGAUCUGGCGAACAGGAUGGGUCUGUUUCUUCAGAAGACCAACAUCAUCCGGGACUACUUGGAGGACGUCCGGGACGGGCGGGAAUUCUGGCCCAAGGAGAUUUGGAGUAAACACGCUAAGAAGUUGAGUGACUUGGCAGAUGAAGACAAGCGGAAGAACGCCCUGCUGUGUCUGAAUGAACUCAUCACCAAUGCCCUGGAGCUCGUGCCGGACUGUAUCAAGUAUAUGUCACGCCUUCACAAUCAGAGUGUAUUCAACUUCUGUGCAAUACCGCAGGUGAUGGCUAUUGCUACCCUGGAGAGGUGCUACAACAACCCAAGUGUGUUCACGGGGGUGGUCAAGAUCCGUAAAGGGGAGGCCGUCAAGAUGAUGAUGGAAUCGACGAGCCUGGGCAAAGUGAAGUCCAUCAUGCACCACUUCUCAUCAGAGAUCUUGAUGCGCGUUCCGCUGGACGACCCGAUAGGCCCAGAGACUCGGCGUCAGUGUCUGCUGGUGCUGGAACACAGUGCCACGAAGCAGGAGUUCCACUCAUCGAGUGUCUUCCUGCCCAUCUACGUCUCGUGCGCCAUGAUGGUGACGGCCAUCGCCUACAACUACUGGUCUCAGGUGGAGGUGUGGUACCGGUCCUACUACGAACAGUGAAACAACUCCUCGGCCCCGUGCUUAUUAAAACUUUUUAAAAGAGUCCAGACUCAAUCUCUAAUGACGACGUAACACACAUACAAUUUCAAGCACUGGUGUAGGAAGUGGGGGAGGGUUCUUCCCCCCCCCCCCCCCCCCCC